GUUUCUCAUCCUAUAAUCAAUCCUCUCACAUCGUUCAACCUCCCACCGCUCAUUGACGAGAAUGUCGCUCUGCAAGCACUGUGUUUCUGGUGUCACUCAUGAGGGUACCCCUGAAGGCAAGAUUGAGAUUAUCAACGGCGUCGAGUCCUACAUCGCCACCCCCACUGGCGACUAUCCUAAGGACAAGGUUCUCCUUUUCCUCACCGAUAUCUUCGGUAUCCCCCUGGACAACAACAGGCUCCUUGCCGAUGCUUUCGCUCGCAAUGGCUACAGGACCGUCAUCCCCGACUACCUCAACGGCGACUCCAUCCCCGUCGAGGCCAUGGAGAAGGGCGAGUUCGACAUCAAGGCGUGGUUCCCGAACCACACGCAAGCGCAGACGCGUCCCACGCUCGACAAAGCCAUCGCCGGCCUCAAGGAGCAGGGCGUAAAGGAGUUCCUCGCCGUUGGCUACUGCUACGGCGCACGCUACGCAUUCGACCUCGCAUUCGAGAACAUCGUCAAGGUCGUCGUUGUCAACCACCCCUCGCUGCUGCAGAACCCCGCCGAUCUCGAGAAAUACCUCGCGGAAUCGAAAGCCCCCCUGCUCAUCAACUCGUGCGAGACCGACUCGCAGUUCCCGCCCGACUUCCAGGCCAAGGCCGACGAGAUCCUCAAGGACAAGUUCGCGCCCGGCUACAAGCGCGUGUACUGGGCCGGCGUCACGCACGGCUUUUCCGUCCGCGGCGACAUGAGCAACCCCACGAUCAAGGCUGCCAAGGAGGGCGCGUUCAAGGCCGCCGUCGAGUGGUUCGGGGAACACGCGUGACUAUGCUCGGACGAUGGGAAGGCAAAGAUGUAGAAUAGUAACGUUAUAUUCUAACGUAACGAUGAAGUUGAAUAUAUAUGUAUUUUA